UUCCGCUGACCAGUCAGACAUGGCGGCGACCUUGUGUGGGAAAUUAUUACCCCAAAAAGGAUGGCUCCCCGUGACUCAGAGCGUUCGACACGGCUCCAAAGCUGUCACCCGCCAUAAGAAACCGAUACACAUCCUCAAAAAGAAGCUGGUGGCUGUGACACAGUACAUCCCCCCUAAACCGACUCCUCCCCCGGGCGCGUACCCAUGCCAAACCGCUGUGGUCCAGGAGCAGGAGAGCCCCUUGAUGAGGCUGCUGAAGCGAGACGUGGAGGAGGUCUUCCGUGACUGCAAGAUGGUCGGUGUGGCGCAGAACAACAGCUCCAGGUCUGACGACAUGAUGAUGCUCAGGAACAGGUUCCACAAGCACGGCAUUAAGGUCAAGUUCUUCCCCAACCAGGUGAUGCGCUCGUUCCUCAGCGAGAGCAUCUACGGCAACAUGACGCCUCUGUUCAUCGGGCCCACGGUGCUGUUCGUCAGCAAAGAGCCCAAGGUCAAGGAAAUGCUGGCCACGCUGCGCGUCAGCCCGCAGAUGGUUCUACUAGGCGCGUGCGUCGACAACACGCUGCUGAGCGCGCAAGGCGUGGCGAGCUACGCCAGGCUGCCGUCGGUCGCCGUGGUCCAGGGCGAGCUGGUGGGCGGUCUGAGCGCGCCGGCCUCGCACACCGGCUCCUUGCUGCAGCGACACCCCGCCCGCCUGACGGCGCUGCUGCAGCAGUACGUGGCGCAGCGGGCCAAAGCGGAGGAGGCCACGUGAGACGAGCGCCGUUCGGGGACGUUGAGGACACGUGCGCGUGCGUGCCGGGGACGAACGUGCACACUGGACUGCUGCCUUGAUUUACUAAGGUCUUUAUCAUCUUGUCAUUGUUAUUUACAUUAAA